AAAUACUCUGGUUCUCAAUCCAUGUAUUCACCAGAGAGAUGUAUUCUUAGGAAGACUCAUUUUAUUGAAUGGACUUCAGGAAGUGAUAAAGAACGAUUUAAAGGGUAUUUGGCAUCAUGUCUGUGACUGGUCCAAAUCGCGUGAGCGCAUCCGUAGCCUACACAAGUCCUCGUGCAGCUGUUGUUGCACGCUGUUGCGUCCCUUCUUGUAUCCACAGUUGCGCAGAGAUUAAACAUUCAUUCUUGUGAUGGCUCCGCUACAGUAACAAACUGGGAUUACAACAAUCGAAAUAUUUAUAUUUGGAAAUUUGACAUACAGGAAAAUAGCCUAUAAUUCAUUAACGGAUUUUUUUGCAGUUUGCACGAAUCAUUUUACUGCAGAUGCCAGGAUGGGAUCCCCCGCAAAAUCUGACGAAAAGACCAUGGACUCAAUCAACUACAACAGCCACAAAUCCAAUUUUUCGCAUUGUUUAGGCGGGCUGCCAACCGCAUUUUGCGUCAUUUUGUCGGUGUGUUCUAUGGCAUUUUGUUUUUUGGUAAACUUCAGGACAGCUCACCUGGAGUACAGAGUGCAGACUUUGGAGAUGGAGAGAAUGUCCCCGAUCCCUUCCGAUGAGAAUGGAACGGUACCUGGUCUUCAGGAUAUCAUUGAAAAACUAGUGCACGAGAGACUGACCAAAGCACUGCCCAAACUUCGCGCUGCCAGGGAUGUCAUUCAAGAGUGCUCCUGUCCUCCAGGGCCUCCAGGAAAACGGGGAAGGAUGGGAAGACGAGGCGACUCUGGAUCUCCGGGCACGCCUGGACGGGAUGGUUACCCGGGCCCACUUGGGAUGGAUGGGAAGCCUGGUGGUCCUGGUCCUAUGGGAAGCCAGGGACUGUCUGGGCCAAAAGGAGAAAAGGGAGACCAAGGAGAUAUGGGGCCCAGGAUGGUCUUCCCUCGCUUUGACCACGGCUUUCUCUCUGGUGACCAGCACACAUUUCACAAACGCCUCCUGAAGGGUGACCAGGGUCAGGCUGGCCCCCCUGGACCCCCGGGGCCCCCUGGAUCACCAGGGCCCAGAGGACCCCCUGGGAACACAGGGAAGGAUGGGCCCAGAGGACCCCCUGGAGAGCAGGGGCCACCUGGUCGAGAUGGAAUCGAUGGAUUAGAGGGACUGAUGGGUCCUCCUGGACAGAAGGGUGAGGAUGGACAGCAGGGCGUGCCUGGAUCACAGGGGUCUCCGGGGCUAAAGGGGGAGCAGGGGCCUGCUGGUGACCAGGGCAGGACUGGCCUUGAUGGACUACCAGGGAUGAAGGGCUUACCAGGAGAGAAGGCUGUUCCUGGCUCCUAUGACAACAUCGGCCUUGGCCAAGUCGUUCAGGGUCUCCCAGGGCCACCAGGGCCCCCAGGAGGCCAAGGGUCAAAGGGAGAGUCAGGCUCACCUGGUGCACCUGGAGCUGAUGGGGAUAAGGGAGCCAAAGGGGAUAGAGGUGAUGAUGGGAUGCCUGGAGUGGCAGGGGAGAAGGGAGAGCGAGGCCUGAUGGGCCAAACUGGGCUUGCGGGAGCUGACGGUAAGAAGGGAGAGCGAGGGGAUUCAAGGUUUGAGGACAAUCUGGCCCAGAGGAUCUCUAUCCCAGGCCCUCCAGGGCCUCCCGGGCCCCAGGGUUUCAUGGGACUUGAUGGAAGGCCUGGCCCCAAGGGGGAACCAGGUGAGGGAGUGAAAGGAGAUAAGGGGGAUGCAGGCGACAAAGGUCCUCCUGGGCUAAGGGGUACCCAGGGUCUUCCAGGUUCUACGGGGUUGGUUGGUCUCCCUGGCACCAAAGGGGGAAAGGGAGAGCAAGGAUUGCCGGGAUUAGAUGGUUUCCCCGGGCUGAUGGGACAAAAGGGGGAGAGGGGGGGCAGAGGAGACAAGGGUGACAGGGGGAUGCUGGGAAAGAAGGGACUGAAGGGACAGAAGGGCGAACAAGGCCCUCCUGGACUGGACCAGCCCUGUCCUGUGGGCACCAAUGGGGGUAGAGAACACCCUGGGGAGGCGGGGCAACCCUCAGGCGCCCCUUGCCCCUUGGGUCGGGACGGAUUACCCAUACCUGGAUGUUGGCAUAAGUGAUGACUGACCCGGGACCUGGGAUCUGUACAUAUCGAUAUAUAUUUUUCAAAUAAAACUCAAGUGUUGUUUUUUGUUGUUGUUGCCAAUUCUAAUUUAAUAUAUUGAGUUUUUCGUAUUGGAAUUUAGAUUGUGGGUCUAUCACGAUCAAUAUUUUGUACUUUUUGCAUAUGAAAAGAAAACUAUUUUUUUUUAGUUUAGAGAUUACUUACAAGAAGGAUAUCAUGCACACAAAGAGGGGAGACUGGUGACAAAUGGAAAGCAGUAGCAAAUGCACACAACACCUACCGGAUGGACAAAUGUUGCUGCUUUUAUCUAUACGGGGAGAAAUAAAUCAUUGAUUCUGACUAACAGGCUCACUAGUGUUCCCAUAUUGGAGUGUACAACUCAGCCUGCACCUUGCAAACAAAUCUACCCCAUCACUCCUGUGAUCGCUGUUUGCUUUGAAAGGACCAGUCCUCACGGCAGGGACCCAAUGCCAGGUACCCAUCCCAACUUUAGGAGAGAGGUAUGGGGAGGCACAGAGGAUGGCCCUCACAGUGGAAUAGGAGCCACACAGACUGACUGCGCUGGACAGAGACAGAUGGCUACACCAGCAUGGAGGAAAUAUGGCUUUCACUCUUCAGCUGCAAUCCUAACUGGUACUGGAGGGACUGGAUUCAAACACCAGAUCCCUCACAACAAAUUACAGACACACACUAGCUUAGAUGAAUGGAUUUAUUUCAAGUACUUCUAAAUCCCUUAGCAGUGUGUCAUCCAUUACAUGAGGUUGUGUGUUUUUGUCAUGUGUGCAAAAACUAAUCAGAUCUGAAAUGAACACAUUUUUUAAUACCAUGAUCUUUCGAUGGCUUUUUAGAUUUAACCUUUGUCUGUAGUCGUUUUCUUAAAUGUGUUUCAUGUUUAGAUCAAUAUUGGUUUAAAAUGUUUUAGAAUGUUUAUAAUGGUUUCAAAGUUGUUGCAUCAAACGCUUUCUCAUUCCUCUGAGUGCUCUAACCAGUUAAUUGACACAGAACACUGUAAAACUUUGUAGAUAAAUAUAAUGAGAUAUUCCUGUGUGUAGGUUUUGUGGAAAUUCCUUGGAUCUGUCUUAUAUUCAAGUUACAUACAUUUUCAUUUCAUACAUAGCCCCUGAAAAAGUUAGAGCUAUUCAAACAGUCAGAUUUAGACUUUCAUGUCAAAUGAAUGAUAGCAAGCCUAAAAAAGGGUCAGGACUUUUUACAUCUGACAUCAAGGUAGAAAUAAAAUACAUAUUUUCAAACCUACCAGGUGGGCUUAUUGGGAUAAUUAUUGUUUGUUCUAGAUACAUGCAGUAUUUAAGUUGUCGGUCAUAUUAAAUGCUAUUUCAAAUGGA